AUGGUAAAUUAUGGGACAAACACUUGUGAAGAAGAGAAAGACACCAUUGAGGUAGAGAGGUCCACUCAAGCACCAAAAAAUUACAUGCUAAAAAAGAAUGAAGAAAACCCAAGGCAAAGCACCACCGAGGAGCUGCAAAUAGGUAAAGAAAGGGCUGCAUCAUCUCCAAAGUUAGUGAAACCGUUACCCAAAAUCAAUCCCCCAUUCCCUCAAAGGCUCAAAAAGAGAAAUGAUGGUGAAAAAUUCAAAAAAAUCCUAUCUGUGUUCAAGUCGCUUUCCAUAAACCUUCCAUUAGUGGAAGCAUUGGUUGAGAUGCCGGGGUACAUGAAAUUCAUGAAGGAGCUAUUUCCCAAAGAGUUAUACGACUUGGGGGCAAGUAUAAACUUGAUGCCAUAUGCCAUCUUCAUGCAACUUGGGUUUGGUGAACCAAAAUCAACAACAAUGCUACUGCUUAUGGCUGAUCCGUCUAUCAAACACCCCACUAGAAUACUUUAUGAUAUAUUGGUGAAGGUGGAUAGAUUUAUCUUUCCAGGUGACUUGGUUAUUUUGGAUUGUGAUAUUGAUGCAGAGGUGCAUAUUAUUAUGUGUAGACCAUUUUUGGCAACUAGAAGAGCUCUAGUGGAUGUUGAAAGUGGUGAGUUGAAGUUCAGGGUAAAUGAAGAGGAGGUUACCUUCAAUGUGUGCAAAUCACUAAGGCAACCUAGUGACAUUCAUGUAAUUUCAACAAUUGAUAUGAUUGAUGAAGCAAUGGCUAAUGUGAGUUAA